CAGUAAUAAUUAAAAUGACUCCAACUAAGAUAUUCACUAGCUUUGUACUGAUCUUGUGCUAUAUCAGCUUUGUUGCAAGUAAAGAGAUCAUUGUUGAUACUAGGAAAGAAGGGAAUAGCAAGAAUAUAAGCACUGAAGUUGGAGACACAAUCACUUUUAUAGUUGACUCAAACCCUACAACAGGAUUCACCUGGAAUAUUGCACAGAUCUUGAUGAACCAAAAUCAUAUCUAUAAUGUCAUUGAAAAUCAGUUCGUACCAGAUCCAGUUCCUGAAGAAGAUGAAGAAAUGGACGGAAGAGGUGGAAUCGAAAAGAUUACUGUUUCAAUCGACAGACCAGGGAAAGACCUUCUCCAGCUAAUACAUGCUCGUCCUUGGAUGCUCUACAAGAUAGACAAAAUGGAUGAAGAAGGAUACUGGGAUGUUGAGCCUGCCAAAGCAAAGUCCAUUGACUUCAAAAUCACUGCUGAGGCAAAUGGAGACCUUUAAUAUUUACAAGUGUUUAGAGUUU